GUAAUAUUCCUCGUGACUUGGUGAUGGCCUUUGUAAUCAGCCCAUGCUUGCAUCAAGGGGUGGCUGCCACUAAGUUGCUGCCAAACAGGCUUAUCCCAGCAUCCAGAAAUACUUCAACUCAAAGAUUAUAUCAAGUCCCUGAAGAAUCAUGGUUCUCGCCCAUCAGGCCAUCCCACAAGUACUCGAUUCUCUAGACACUCAGUGCAAAAAUCACUAUUGAGGUCACACCGACCUAUCUCUCGCGCAAAAAUGGACGCUACGAUAUGUCCUUCGGACCUGGUCCUAUCCUGUCGCACAAGCGAAAAUGCUACGGCGUCAGAAAUUGGUCACUUUCCGUAUGCGUGGGAUCAAUCCAUCCCCAGAUCCGACAAUUACUAUAAAAAGGCACCAUUUUACGAGAACUACUAUGGGAAGGGCCCCGCGGGGCUUUGUUUCAAUGACUCUGCACUGUCGCCUUUCCAGAGCACAGCCGUUUCCUCUCUAGAAUCUGACCGCAUCUCAUCACCCAUUCUGGAUGCAGAGAUGGCACUGAAUUUCUGGGAUGUGUCAAUGGAUAUUAUGGAGUCUAUUCCUUGGGAUCUCAGUCUAGGUCAACCAUUGUAUGGUGGUCUUCCCACCUUAGACCUGUCCCAAGAUGUUCAAACUGCUUCCGAUUAUACCCACACAACAGCCUACCGACAAAUUUCAGAAGCAUUUUCUCUCAGUGGCAAGAGGGGAGAAAGAGAGUCAACGAGGAGCUUAGUCGGUGACGACAAAGGGGGCACCCGCAAACUUCCGACUGCGUCCCGAAAGUCCAAGAAUUCAGGUGGGAAGAACCGAUCGCUAGCAUCUGAAAAGGAAGACCACCAAAUCACGUUUGCGCAGAAACACGCCCGGGACUGUCACAACAGGGCCGAGAAGCAGUACCGCGACAGACUCAACUCGCGAUUCACAACUCUGCUAAACAUGAUUCCCAUUACCUCACAGACUGACAGCGAGGAGAGCGGCUCUGUCAGCACUGAUGGGUCCGUUGACAUGCGAAGCAAGGCCCGCAAUGACAGCCGAGGAGUUAGUAGGGGCGAGAUUCUAGACGCGGCGAGACAAUACAUUCAGACGUUGGAACGAGAGGAGGAAGUGCUUCAGCGAGAGAGGGAGCAGCUACUGAGAAGGAUGCAUAAAAUUUACCCUAGCAAAUGAAAUGCAUCUUGGCUUGCAGAUAAUAGAAUUAAGGAGACAUAAUGCGCAGCGAGCUUGUUUGUUUGAUCGUAACUGUACUCCCGCGAGCCAAAUCCGAUUGGUCCGACACUCUCACCCCAAUCAAUCGCCGCUUCUGCGUGCUGCUCCCCACACACUCACUCACUACCACACUUGCACGGCACGGAGAUCCCAUUGCGAUUCAGUGUCCAUUUUUCAUCUUAACUAUCCGUCGCGGUCAGUGUGGGGAAUCUAUCUACCGAAGUAGAUGAAAUGUAGAUGUAGAUAGAUGUAGACUACAUCUAUCUAUCUACUGCUGGCCCUUGUGGGUCAUCUAUCUAUCUGGCCGCCAGGUACAGAGGAGCCUUUCAAAAGUCUCUGCUCACGCUAAGGACACUAGCGU